UCUCUUGACCUCUUACCACCAUCAACUCGCACACUCAACUCUAGUUGUGUACUAUUCUUCCUCAACUUGUUCUGUAUAAUCUUGUAUCAUCAUGAGCGGAAAGGGAAAAUCUGGCAAAUCUUCUGGUGGCAAAGCUGGCGGUGAAGCUGGCAAGAGUACAUCGCGUUCGGCCAAGGCGGGUCUCCAGUUCCCUGUUGGUCGUGUGCACAGGUUGUUGAAAAAAGGAAACUAUGCUCAACGUGUCGGUGCUGGUGCUCCUGUUUAUCUCGCGGCGGUGUUAGAGUACCUCGCCGCCGAAAUUCUGGAGCUUGCUGGCAAUGCUGCACGAGAUAACAAGAAGCAACGUAUUGUUCCUCGACAUCUUCAGCUGGCGAUCAGGAAUGAUGAGGAAUUGAACAAACUCAUGGGUGACGUUGUUAUCUCACAAGGCGGUGUUGUGCCCCAUAUCGAGUCAUCGCUACUGCCCUCCAAGUCUGGCAAGGGCAAGAAGGAGGGCGAAACAGAGGUGUAAACACCUCCCUCUGAUGUAUCAGGCGCUCAUAUUUAUCAUUUAAUCACCAUCUGGACCUGUAAUGUAUACACAGCGAAUCCGCCGUGUGGUUUCGCAUGGUGAACUAUGAAACAUCCUACA